CGCCUUCUUCUGGCACGCAGGAGUUUAACUUCUGGCUCAUGUGGGCAACUUACUGACGCUAACCGCGCGGUGGUCAUCGAGUCGGGCUUCGGAGAACGGGCUCGGUGAGUUCUUUUCGCGGUACCGUUAGCUGAGACCGAGUGUGCAGACCGCAGUGCCACCCCCGCCGUCACACUGUGACAUUGACAUAUCAGCACGUUCCUGUUAAUGUGUGUACAGUAACGUUCGCCUCCGGAGCGCUUUCCCUGCAUUCCCCCCCCCCAGCUCCAGCUACAAUGAGCGAAUACUUCAGCCUGUCGGACUGUGAUGUUAUCGGCUUCGACCUGGACCACACGCUCUGCCGCUACCAUCUGAAGGAGACCUCCAGGCUGAUCUAUGAGAGCUUUGCCAGGUAUCUGGUGGAGCAUAAAGGCUAUGACAAGGACCUGCUGAACCUAACCCCUGCUACCUGGGAUUUCUGUUUUAAAGGGCUAGUGGUGGAUCUGGAUGAUGGGAACCUUGUGAAGCUGGCUGAAGAUGGAACUGUCUUGCGAGCGACACAUGGAACCAAUGACCUCAGCACGGAAGAGAUCAUUAAACAUUAUGGUCCAAAAAGGGAGUGGAAGCACUUCAACAGCCUCAAUACCUCCUUCACAAGAUCUGCAAAAUACUACUUCUAUGACAACUACUUUGAUCUACCUGGGGCUCUCCUCUGUGGAAGAGUUGUGGACAUGUUGCAUAAGCGGGGAAAUGAGGUGAAUUCCGACUUUUGGAAAGACAUGGUUGCUGCCAUUGACCACAAUUACAACACAUCUGCAUUCAAAGAGGAUGCAGGGACGUACUUUCCCAGCGUGAAGAGGGACCCUGGCCGGUAUCUGCAGCCCUGCUCUGACUCUGUCAAGACCUGGCUGCGCAGCAUGAAGAACGCUGGGAAGGUCCUCCUCCUCAUCACCAGCUCCCACAGUGACUACUGCAGGCUUAUCUGUGAACACAUCCUGGGGAAGGAUUUCGAAGAGCUGUUUGACGUCAUCAUCACAAAUGCCCUGAAGCCUGGUUUCUUCUCCUUGGUGCCCCAGCAGAGGCCCUUUAGGACCCUUGUUAGCGACGUGGAGGAGAGCGAGGGGCUGCCGUCGCUGGACAAACCCGGCUGGUACUCCCAGGGCAACUGGCCGCACCUCCACGAGCUGCUCAAGACCAUGACGGGGAAACCAGAGCCCAAGGUCGUGUAUUUUGGAGAUAGCAUGAGGUCGGACAUGUUCCCUGCCAGCUGCUUUGGGAAGUGGGAAACAGUGAUGAUCGUGGAGGAAAUGGAGGGGGAGGGCGUCCCGAAAAGCGACGCUGCUUUGUCCAAUGAGGCCCAAGUGGAGCCGUUGGAGAAAAAGGGAAAGUUUGAGGAGCAGGGCAUGAAGGCACCCUCCGCCGUGUCCAAUCAGUGGGGCUCCUACUUUGUCGACGUACAUAGAAGCGGAGGAGGGGACGAGGAAAGCCAGAAACUGACCUGGUGCUGCCACUGCAUUCACAAAUACAGCACCAUGGCCAUCCCCAGCGUGGAGCACAUAGCAGAUCUCCCUCUGGAUUACAAGUUCCCCAGGUUCUCUCCUGACAAGCCCUGCACCACCGGCUACUAUCCCAGGCCUCCGGAUUCUUUGCUGAAGAGGUGUGAGAGUUUGUCGUAAAAAAAAAAAAGGGAAAGGAAAAAGGAAAAAAGUUGAAAAAAAAGAGUCCUCCCUAACCCCUCUGCCUCAGGAGAGGAAUGUGCCUCCAUUUUUGCCUGUAGUUUCCCACCUGACCCCGCCGCCAUCUGUGGAGCACAGGAAGCAUACACUCCUCACCCUUUCAGAGAAACCAUGUGAAUGUAAGCCACAGUAUCUCUCUGUAAUAACGCCUACAUUUCAACGUUGUUUCGUAGUUUAGUGUACUGUACACGUGGAAAUGCGACAUAGUAAGUGUGUGUGUGUGUGUCUGCAUACAGUAAUAAUAGGAAAUGUAGUGUUUUUGUUGUUUCGUAUGUGAGGCCCUCUAUUAUUUCUCAUGGUAAAUCUGAUUUCUUCUAGCUUUUCUGAAAUAAAGUGAACAUUUUACCAUUCCUUUACCCCAGAAGUGAUUACCUCAAGAAAGAUAUCCACUGUAAGCAGAACCCAGAUGGUCACAGUGUGUUUGUCCCCUGAAAACCCUUUGGAUUUAUUGUAUUUCUGUAUAACACUGUUAUUGUGAAGUCUUCUUUUUUGGAAUAUAGUUUUACUGUAUGCAUUUUAGGAACCUUACCAUGAGGUUAAGGUCUGAUGUUUCCCCCGUGUCAGUUUCGUAGAGGGUGUUAAUCUUCAGGUCAUAGUUGCUAAUGAACUGGUACAACGCUGUCCUUUGUGUUGGCUGUUUCAAAAAACACAACUUUGGGAAACAAUACUAAUAAUGGGUGAUGAAGACUAUGCUAGAUGUUCUCUGUAUUAUUUUUGGUGAAACAGUGACAUGUGCUUUUUGAGUGAUUGUGUAACAAUGUGGACUACUCGUGCUUCAUUCAUAUGCAGUGCCAGAUUGAGGUAUGCUUCAGCCGACUUCUGAAUGGUUAUUUUGUCGGUGUGCAUAGACAAGUUGUGCCAUAAUAUUUAAGGAACGCUCAGCUUGGGAGAAAUCUUUCGAGGUUGGCUUGUUGCCGUCGAGUCACAGAAGGUUGAUUUCUAGUUUAUCUCUGUGUGUGAAGGAAGUGUUUAGCCUAGCUUAGCAUCAAGACCGGACCACAGCUAAACUGUGCAACAGUCCAACAUGAAAAAAUACAACUAGCAGCAAUUCCAACAUUUAAAUGUUCCAUCUUGAGAGCUAGAGUGCAAACUAGAGGUCUUCACUGGUCCACUUUUCUCAAGAUAACUGAGAACCAAGCUAGAUCCAAAUAAUGUUCUGUCUAAUUGGGUCUGGGUGUAUUCCUGUUCCAUUCCCAGGUAAAUAUAUCUAAUACCUAACCAAUCUAAGCAGACUCAUUUUGGCUCAGGUCUAAAUAUCCAUGGGUCUAUUCAGAUCAUUCGGGCUCUCAGGUCAAGUCGGGUCUCUUUAUUGAAGUUUGAGAUGCUACCUGAAGGGCUAUCGCUGUCAAAAGUCAAAUUCAGACAAAUGAUAGCUAACAAGUAUUUAGUUUGAAUAAUUUGAACAAAGUCAGUCGUUACCUUUGUUUAUGACUUUUCAGAGCCAAACCCAGAGUUUUCCAUGUUACUUCUCAGAUGGUGUCAUCUAUUUAGCACAGUUAGCAGGAUUACUAUAGUUUGCUAAGGAGCCAGCAACAGAACAGAGAGCUGACCAUGCAUUUUACAAGGUACAUGCACUUAUGCACUAUGAAUUAUAGUUUCAGAGAGAUUAUUUUUUGCCAAACACUCACUUUAAGACUGAACUAUAGUUUGAAUUUAAUAUAAUUAAAAAGCAUCAGGCCUACUCAGGACCUUUGAUGGAGUCAGACUAGUUUCUUGGCUAGCUGCUAGCUGCUUUCCUUUAGUCUUUGUGCUAAGCUGGGCUAAACAUCCCAGGCCUUUCUCUAUUCUAACCACACCAAGAUGAUACUGGUUUCCAUCUUCUCAUCUGGCUCUGACGAAGUCAUCAAACAGGAAGAUUUCCCAAAUGUCCAAGUGUUCUUUUAGAUGACCAUCAUCUCACAUAGGAAGAGAAUAUUCAGACGAUAAGCAGCACACAACCGCCGGCACGUGCGUGAGAUCGGUCAUCCAAAGUCAACUCUUACUUGUGCUGUGUGUGCAAGUGUUUUAUGCAUACAGCUGUCGUGAUUGUACUCUUCUUUUCUCAUCUGACCUGGAAAAUUUGACAUGCACAUUUGCCUUAUGUUGGAUUCAUUUGUGGUCUUAAGUUCUUUAAAACACAGGGAAAGUUUAAUUCUGUGUUCCAGUGUUGAAGUAAUGUCAGUUCAAUAAAAUGUUCUACAAUUUUCUUA